AUGUUCAAAGACAGAGGGGUUCUAAUGCCCGACUGGCUAAUAAACGACUUGACCCAAUUCAGUUCUCGAACCGUGUCCGAGGAAAGCACAAUUAACUACAGCAAGAAGAAGGUGAUUGAGCUUAAGGAGGAGCUUGAACAGCGGGGGAUUGCCUUCCGAAAAUGCGCCAAGAAGGCUGAGCUCAUCAGACUCCUAGAAAACCCGAACGGGAUUUUUACGGACAGUGGGAACAAGGAAAACAUACCUCCUAAGAUCGACAAAGCCUCGAAACAAGACGUAGACUCGGGCAAAUACCCGAGCGGUGGAAUCAAGCGACUGGAAAAGACGACUAAGAAGCCAUCGAUGCGCACAACGUCGUCGAGCUCCAAUCUUAAUGCUCAGCCUGCUCUAGUUCAGCCAGAGAAUCAGUAUGAUUGUGCAAAGUGUGGCCAUCUGUUUGCCUCAGAGGAAUUGCAUAAAGAGCCAACAUCUGGCGACGCAUACUAUGCCUAUCUAAGAUAUAAAGAUCAUACGAGCAACAAGACCUACCGUCUUCAAAUUACAAAAAGUGGCACUGAAGAUCUAUACUACGUCAGGAGACAUUGGGGACGCUAUGGAACAUCAAAUUUCGCCUGCAAAUAUGAUGUUUUUAAGAGUCCAGAUGAUGCUAUAACCAAGUUUGGGGAAGUUUUCGAAGAGAAAACCAGUCUGGACUGGGGUAACCGAGGCAUGGCGCCAAAGAAGAAGAAAUACAGCUACAUAAAGCCCAAGGAUGGAAGUUCUCUCCAGGUUGCUGAAGAUAGGAACGUCGGCUCUAGUGACAGAUUGGAGUCACAUCGCACGGAUCUUGUCGACGACAACCUAUCCCAGACGGACACCUCUCGCGAAUCAGUGAAAGUGUCGCCAGGAGGAUCCAAUAGCGAUCGUGGCGUCACCCCCACGCUCACCAAAUCUCGUACUCGAGCUCGAACUCGAACUCCUACUCCUCGCAAAGGCUUGAGAUCGUAA